CAAGUGCGCGGUCAAGGCGGUGCGCAUACACAGUCUCCUACGAAGAAUGCUCCACAAUCAUUGCUCGACCAUCCGCUGCAGUGUUGAGACGUGGUAGACAUAAGCCAUAAAAGGAUUAUAAGGAUAUUUUUUUUUGUUAAGUAAACGUCCUUUAGAGGGACAAUGAAGCUAAACUACAUAUUUUUAAUAUUACUCAUAUCGACACUAUUGUUGACAAAUGCUGAAGAUGACGAUUUUGCAUCUGUCGAAAAUGAUCUGGAUAACAGACAAGUCCGGAUACUAUGGCCCUACCCUCUGAAACAGAACGACACUGGCGCCAAAGAAACGUUGACUUACAAGACUACAGAUGAACAGCAGUAUAAAGGAGAAAACCACGAGAGACAAAAGCGUUUCCUACCUUUGAAUUACCACUCGUAUCCACCAAACGUAAUUGCGGACAAGAUGAUGCAGUCCCUUAAAAAUUAUCCAUCAAACAAAGCAAGCGAUCCUCUAGAUUUCUUACGAGACUCCUAUCCUUUGCCUAAAGGAUAUGACCAGCCACUUGACGAAUAUGACUACGUCAUCGUUGGAGGAGGGACAGCCGGGUCCGUCCUAGCCUCUCGUCUGACAGAAGGCAAGCCUAAAGCCACGGUACUGGUCAUCGAAGCUGGCAAGCCAGAGAGCCUCCUCAAUGAUGUACCAGCAUUAGUAUCAACCAUGCAGCUUACUGACUACGUGUGGCCUUACACGAUGGAACAUCAACCUGGCAUUUGUUUAGGAAGCAGAAAUGAGCGCUGCUAUUGGCCUCGAGGCAAGGCUCUGGGAGGCACCAGCGUUAUCAACUAUAUGCUAUACACCCGGGGUCGCCCACAGGAUUGGGAUAGGAUUGCUGCUGACGGAAACUAUGGAUGGAACUACGACGAAGUUUUGAAAUAUUACAUAAAAUCAGAAAAAUCCGAACUGAAACAUUACAAAAACGCAACGUACCGCGGCCGUGACGGGGAGCUAACAGUCGAGAAUGUUCCAUUCAAGACUGGUCUUGUCGAGGCAUUCCUGAAAGCUGGCAGAGAAAACGGUCACCCCACUGUCGACUACAACUCACCACACGAACUAGGAUUCGGUUACACGCAAGCUACUUUAAAUAAAGGUCAUCGGCUGAGUGCAGCUAAAGCAUUCCUACACCCUCAUAAGCGAAGACGUAACCUGCAUAUCCUCACAGAUGCCAGAGCCACCAAAGUCAUCAUAGACCCCCAGUCUAAGAGAGCGUACGCCGUAGAUUAUGUUAAGGACGGUAAAAAGCACAGAGUUCGUUGCCGCAGGGAAAUUAUUUUAUCGGCCGGCCCCAUAGCCUCACCCCAACUGCUCAUGCUCUCUGGAAUAGGUCCUGAGGAACAUUUGCAAUCGUUGGGAAUUCCCGUUCUCGUAAAUUUACAAGUCGGCAGGGUUCUCUACGAUCACAUCGCAUUCCCUGGGGUUGUUUUCAAGUUAAACACAACUAACGCCAGUCUGUUAGAACCUAAAAUUGCAACGUUGCCAAAUCUUAUACAGUGGCUACACUAUGGAGACGGACUGUUAACAACGACCGGCGGAAUUGAAGCCAUCGGUUAUAUUAAGACAGCGGUAUCAGGGGAUCCAGAGAAUGUGCCUGACAUUGAAUUAUUAAGUUUGGGCGGGUCUCUCAUUUUGGAUUCAGGCGGAGCGCUCAGGGAAAGUUGGAGACUUUCUGAGAACCUAUUUCAUGAAACCUUUGGACCUUUGUACGGCACAGAUACAUGGUCGGCUGUCAUAAUGCUGACCCAGCCGAAGUCGAAAGGUUAUCUUGAGCUUAAGGAUGCAAAUCCAUUUUCUCAUCCAAAAAUGUAUGGUAACUACUUAACCGACCCUCAGGAUAUGGCAGCUUUUAUAGAAGCUAUUAAACAUGUUAUUCAACUCGGGAACUCAGCAGCGUUCAAAAAAUACAAUCCUCAGCUGUUUAUACCGGAGUACCCAACCUGCAGGAAUACUGUCCCAGGUUCUGAGGCUUACUGGGAAUGUGCCGUUAGAACUAUGGUAAUUACGCUACACCACCAAAUAGCAACAUGCAGAAUGGGUCCACUUACUGAUCCUUACGCUGUAGUUGAUCCUGAAUUAAGGGUGUACGGAGUAGAUGGUCUAAGGGUGGUAGACAGCAGUGUCAUCCCGCGACCGACGUGUGCCCAUACUUCCGCACCCGCUGUCAUGAUUGGAGAAAAAGCCGCCGAUAUGAUAAAACAAACCUGGUCAAAUGUGGUCUCGUAGAGAUAAUC